AUGACUUCGAGGCCCGUCACCGGCAUGCGGUUUCAGACGAUACAUGGCAUGGGGGGCGGUCCGCUCGCCAGCACGAUGUCGAGCAGCAUGCGGCCAAUCACUACUUCCGGCGGAGGCACCACGCUGGGGCGCAUCCAGGCCCAGGUGCAGGAUGGCAACUUCACCUCCACGGUGUACGGCUACAUUCGUGACCACCAAUACGACGAGGCGAUUGAGAUUCUGCUGCAGCAGCUAGAGGAGUUCCCGCGCAGCCGUGCCGCCAUCUCCCUUAUCGCAUACUGUUACUAUCAUGUUGGUGACUUUGACGAGUCGGCGCGGAUGUACCAGCAGUUGGUGAAGAUAUGCCCUAACGUGGAGGAGUACCGCGUAUACCUUUGCCAGGCCCUCUACAAGGCGGGCGCGUACGCGGAGGCAAGUAAGUUGUGCAGCAUGAUUAUAUCCGAGCAGUACGAGAUGCGGCUGAUGAAGCUGCAGGCCUCCAUUGCCUACGAGCAAGGGGAAAUACCACAGACGAAAUCGUUUCUUGAAAAAUGCCCGGCGGAGGACCCUGAUGUGAUCAUCUUGCAGGGUUGCGUCUUGUGCAACGAGGGCAACUAUGAGGAGGCGCUGGAGAAGUUCCAGGAGGCACAGGCCGGGCUUGGGUUCAAGCCGGAUCUCGCCUACAACAUCGCACUCACGUACUACCGCAUGCAGCAGUACGGGCCGUCCCUGAAGCACAUCGCGGAGAUCAUCGAGCGGGGCAUUCAUGAACACCCGGAGCUAAACAUUGGCAGCAACACGGAGGGAAACGAGGCCCGGUCGGUGGGGAACACCCAACUUCUGAAGGAGACGGCUCUCGUGGAGGCGUUUAAUCUCAAGACGGCGAUAGAGUUCAUGAUGAAAAAUGUCCAGGCGGCGAAAGAAGCCCUUACGGACAUGCCGCCACGCCUGCAGGAGGAGUUGGAUCCCGUCACACUCCACAACACCGCCCUUGUGAACAUGCCGGAGGACCCAUCCAGCGGCUUCAGCAAACUGAACUUUUUGCUGCAGAACCCGCCAUUCCCCCCAGAGACGUUUCAAAACCUGUUGCUCUUCUACUGCAAGUACCAAUACUUUGAUCUGGCGGCGGACGUCCUCGCGGAGAACCCACACCUCAGCUGGAAGUAUCUUUCCCAGAAGAAUCAGUCUCUUUACGACUUUCUUGACGGACUCAUUACGGCGCAGACGUCACCCGCCGAGGCGUACCGGAAGUUUGACAUCUUAGCGCAGCACCACAUUGACCUGCUUCGCAAGCUUACCAAGAAGCUUCAAGAUGCAAAACAAAGCCAUGAUAAGGAGAGUCUUCGCACGGCACUGCGGAACUACGAUGACGCCUUGGAGGAAUACAUUCCGGUCCUCAUGGCACAGGCAAAUAUAUACUGGGAAAUUGAAAACUACCCCAUGGUGGAACGACUUUUUCGUCAAUCGGCAGAAUUUUGCUCAGAGCAUGAAAUCUGGAAACUCAACGUUGCCCACGUCUUUUUUAUGCAGGAGACGAAGUUCCGUGAAUCAAUUCGUUACUACGAGCCUGUGGUGGAGGCAAGCCAAGAAAAUCUUCUAAACUGCAGCGCUAUUGUACUUGCCAACCUCUGUGUGGCGUACAUCAUGACUGCCCUGAACGAUAAGGCGGAGGAGAUCAUGCGUCGCAUUGAGCGUGAAGAGGAAAAACUGACAUACGCAGAUCCCGACAAGCAGCCGCUUCAUCUGUGCAUUGUGAAUCUUGUCAUUGGCACACUGUACUGCUCGAAAGGAAACUUUGAAUUCGGCAUUUCACGUGUUAUCAAGUCACUGGAGCCGUACCAUCGCAAGAUUAUGACAGAUACCUGGUUUUACGCCAAGCGGUGCUUCCUGGCACUUGCGAUGCAUCUUGCGAAGCACAUGGUAGUGCUCAAGGACUCCACAUUUGAAGAGAUCCUGACUUUUUUUGAUCAGGCCGAUCAAUAUGGCGAGAAAAUCCCUGCCUUUGUGCACCCCGACCCCACCAAACAGGACACAUCCACUAGAAACACCGUCCGCUGGGAGGCGCGGCAGCUCAAACACCUCUACCUUCAGCUUGCCGAGUAA